GUUCUAAACAAUGCCUCCUUUUACAUCUAGCUACGUCUCAAUCCUCAGAAAAAAGUCCUUCACUUUCAGUUUCACCACCACCGCCUUCAAAUUCCAAAACCCCAUGACCAUGAGCACACUCGCAGAUGUCUCCACAAUCUCCACCCCAAAAACCCUCAAAUCCCGUCUUCACAAUGGCGAUACCCUCUACGGCCUCUUUCUCCUCAGCUUCUCGCCCACUUUGGCCGAGAUCGCCGGCCUCGCCGGCUGCGACUACGUCGUCGUCGACAUGGAGCAUGGUCCCGGCGGCGUCUCCAAUGCGCUCUCCUGCCUUCACGCCCUCGCUGCCGCGUACCCCGCAAUCCUCCGGCUACCUGAGAACUGCCCCACUUGGGCAAAGAAGGCCCUGGAUCUUGGCCCACAGGGGAUCAUGUUCCCCAUGAUCCAAACCCCAGAUGCCGCCAAGCAGGCUGUCUCGUACUGUCGCUUCCCUCCCAAAGGGGUCCGCGGCUCGGCCAACACAGUCGUGAGGGCCUCGGGUUACGGUAUCGACGAAGGGUAUUUAGGUAAUUACGCGGAGAAUUUAAUGAUCAUGUGCCAGGUGGAGUCCGAGGAGGGGGUCAAGAACGCAGAGGAGAUCGCCGCCGUUGAUGGGGUGGACUGCAUUCAAAUAGGGCCGCGAGAUCUGAGUUUCAGCAUGGGGUACCUGGGAGACAUGGGUAACAACAAUGUGAGGGAGACGAUGAGAGUCGCCGAGAAGGCCGUGCUGAGUGGUGGGGCCUACUUGGCCGGGAUUGCGUCGCCGUUCGAUCGGUCCAAUGAUCUGAGUAAACGUGGAUAUCAUAUGGUGGCUGGUGGCGUGGAUGUGGCGCUGUUCAAGAGCGCGGUCGCAGAGGAUGUGAAGAGGUUCAAGAUGGGUUUGACGAAGGGCAAAUAAUGAGAAAUAAUGGUCUGUUUGGAAGGAAAUUUUAGAAUAUUUUCUGUUUGUAUUGAACGGAAUAAAUAUCUCAUCCUCAG